AUGAAGGGUGAUGUAGAGAUCGACAUCCACACAAGAAUCGACAAAGCAGCAUUGGUCAUCCACAAGGUGUGGGCAUCUAACACCAUUAGCGUGGCCGUGAAGCUGCAACCUUACAUGUCCAAUAUAGUACCAACUGCAAUCUAUGCCAGCGAGGCAUUUAUUGUAAAAUUGCAAUAUCAGCAGUUGCUGGAAGAAAGGUGGAAUGGGCACUAUGAUGAACAACGUGUAACUCUGCUGAAGGCUCAAAUAAUGCAGCUCGAGAGGCAGGUGGUGCUACUAACAGAGGGACUGAGUUCGAGAGCUGCUCAGAUGUUGGAGAUGGAGAAUGUUUUAGAUCUUUUAAAUGAGCGAUUCAGGUCCUUAUUAAGAUUUGAAAGUCCCACAUCUGAAGUACCAGUUUCACGAGCUGAACUGAUGCAACUUAUUGGAACUUGUCAAGCACUUCAAAAAAGACUGCAAAAAAGGCAAACGGCAGCAAAUGUCAAAAACCUUUCCAUGAUGUGGCUGAUGUCAGGAAGGAAUCUGAUUAAACAACCAGUGACUCUCCUAGAUCUCUGCUAUGGCAGGAUGGAUAACCUGAAUCUUCAGCAUGUGGACAGUCCUCUUCUGCACCCCAUUGGCACUGACCACCCUGGCUACCUCCUCCCAGGCCACAGCAGUCAGCUGGGAUGGCCUCUCGCAGCAUUUGUUGGAUUGCAAAAUUGAAGUGUAUCCUGGAAUCAAAGCUCUGCAAGUUGUACAGACAUCUGAAUGCAAUGAAACAUACACUGAGUCUUAUUCUUGCACCAGAUGAAGAAUCUCAUGAUCAGGUUUGUCGUGUCCUU